AUGACUCUUGACCUUUACCCCCACUCCCCCCUUCCGGCCUACCUCGAGCCUUGGGAGCUGCUCGAUGCCGACCCGCGAACAGCCCACCUUGUUGACACGCCUUGGCGUUACUUCGAACGGUAUCUUGCGACACGCGGAUACUAUCUCUGCUGGCGAUAUUAUUCUCGGACGGAGCCAGAGACAGCUUUUCGCGGGGGGGCCUUCCACUACCCCAUAGCCAGCAACCCAUUCCGACCAAGGCUAGGGGAAGCUUUCGUGAACCUGUGCGACAUGGACGAGAGCGCCCAUAGACGGGGGGGUAUCCAUCAAACAACGGGCUGGAUGACGCAGGCCGCCACACUAAAAAUGGCGUAUGACGCACAGGACCGUGUCUGUGCCCUUAAAGCCCUUCACAACACACGCUCUCGAACUGAAAUCGACAUUAUGACCUUCCUGAACUCGCCCAAACUUCGCCAUGACCCGGCCAACCAUACAAUUCCCAUGCUGGAUCAGCUGGCCACCAAAGAAUGGACGUUUAUUGCGAUGCCGUAUUGGCCGCGCUCCGUUCAAGCUUGCAUUCCGUGGGAGGUGGACGACUAUUUUGAGCGACUUGAGCAAGCAUUAGAGGGUCUUGCAUUUAUGCAUCGACACGGUGUUGUUCAUCGUGAUAUUUCCCCGACCAAUAUGCUCCUUAACUUUCAUACGCCAUCCGGCAUUCGUGAUGUCUACACUCCCCUUACUCGACGCAACAUCAAGCUGUCAUUCAUCGACUUUGGCUGUGCCGCGCGGUUCCCCGCAGGACCAGGGUCAAACCAUCUGGACUGGACAGGGUCCGGGUACUGUGGAACGGGCGAGCAUAUUGCGCCAGAAGUGGGAAAAGAUCGCCGGUACAGACUAACGCCAGUCGAUGUAUAUGCUCUUGGCUCCGUCUUUAUUCGCGCCCUCAGCUGGGAGCAGCUCCAGUGUGCUACUUUCGGAAACCCUUCUUCGCUUCCAGUCGCCGCCCACCAACUGCUCACCGCCGUCCCAAAAUCACAGGGAUUCGGUUACCUCGCCCUCUUGGACCAGAUGACCCACCUGGAUCCGAUGCGGCGACCCACAGCCCAAACGGCUUUGGAAAUGUGCCGGGAAAUGAGAGAGGCACUGGAUGAAGACGUAAGAUGGGCUCCUGUUGGUGGAUACCGCUGCAAUAUUUUCGAUGAUGGACGAUCAGAUCCUCGAGAUCGCCGAUAA